AUGUCUAAUAAUCAAGAUAAUAAUAGUAAUGAUAAUAAUAUACCCAAUAAACAUCAUGAUCAUACUGAAGAUGCUAUUAUUAAUCAAUUACAACAUCAUCAAGAAUUAACUAAUGACUCAAAUGAAAAUAAUGAAGAUAUUCAUCAAAGUAAUUUAGCUGAAAUAAAUAAAUUAUUUGACAACACAAUUGAUGAUCAAUCAAAUAACAUACAGGAUACCACUACAUCUAAUAAAAGAAGUAUUAAUCAAGUUGAACCAGAAAAUGAUGGUCAAGAAAAACGACAAAAGAAUGAUACUGCAGUUGAAGAUGAUUUAUCAAUAGACCCUGCGUUACAAUUACAACAAGCACAACCAAAUGAUACAAAUACCGAGGUGCGAAGUGAAACGAAACCAGUAGAAGAAUUAAAGGAAAAAGCUAUUGCACAAGAUGAGGAAAAAGAAGCUGAAACUCGUCCAGAAACUAGAAGAUCAUAUUCAUCAGCUAUACCUCCAGAUUCAGAAUUAUUAAAUACCAAUACAGCAUAUGCAGCUUACACAACAUUAUCAUCACAGUUGAACUCUUCACAUUUUCUGGUUACUGGUCCACAAAUUUCAAUGUUACAAUCUGCAAAUUUAACUGCAUUACCAUCACAAAUUGUUGCUGCUGAAUAUUUACCUGCUAGAAUACAAUUAUUGGUCAAUACAUUACCUACAUUGGAUAAUUUAGCUACUCAAUUAUUAAGAAUUGUUGCUGGUAAUCCAUAUACAAAAAUUAUAGAUUUAGCUUCAAAUACCGAUACUCCAUCAGGUGCAACAUACCGAGAUUUAACAUCAUUAUUUGAAUUUACAAAAAGAUUAUAUUCAGAAGAAGAUCCUUUCUUAACUGUUGAUCAUAUAGCACCAGGAAUGUGGAGACAAGGUGAAACAACACCACAAAUUUUCAAAUCUAAAGAACAAAGUAUUGAAUCAACCUUGAGAAAAGUUAAUUUAGCUUCAUUUUUAGCUGCUACUUUAGGUACUAUUGAAAUUGGUUUUUUCUAUCUUAAUGAAUCAUUUUUAGAUAUAUUUUGUCCAUCAAAUAAUUUAGAUCCAACAAAUGCUUUAUCAAAUGUUAGAUCAUUUGAAGGUGCAACUAUGGCUACCCAAGUUCCAAGUGGUGGAGGCAAUGCAAUUGGUGAAAAAGUUGGAAAACUAUUAAAAGCUCAAGCUAUGUUGUUUCUCGAUUUAAAAACUCAAGCUUAUAUAUCAGCAGUUGAUGCUGGUGAAAGAUCAAGAGAAGAAAUUUUAGAAGAUAUUUUACCUGAUAAUUUAGAUGGGAUUUUAUUAAAUAAAAGAAAUGCAACUCAAUUAACACCAGUUGAAAUUGAUUUUGUUGAAAGAUGUAAAUCAAGGAAACAAAAAUUAUUAAAUUAUAAUUCAACAAAACCAUUAAGUGAAGAAUUUGAAUGGUUUCAUUUUUUAAGAGAAUUAUUUGAUUAUUCAGCUAAAAAUAUGGGAUAUUUAAUUUGGGGUAAAAUUUCAAAAUCAUUAAAUAAAAGACAUGAUUAUAAUACUACUGAUAGUUUAUUAAAUUCAUAUGAUAGAUCAACAACUCCGCAAACUACAACAUCAAAUGAUAAUGAAGAAGUUACUGAUAUUUCUCAAUUAUUACCUUCAGAAAUUCAAGAAAGACAAGUUAUAAUAAAUGGACAAAAACCAUCUCAAAGAAGACCAUGGACAAAAGAAGAAGAAAAAGCUUUAAGACAUGCAUUAGAAUUAAAAGGUCCUCAUUGGUCAACUAUUUUAGAAUUAUUUGGUCAAGGUGGUAAAAUUAAUGAAAGUUUGAAAAAUAGAACACAAGUUCAAUUAAAAGAUAAAGCCAGAAAUUGGAAAGUUUUCUUUUUAAAACAUGGACAAGAAGUACCUGCUUAUUUAAAAGGUGUAACUGGUCAAAUUGAUGAAAAGAAUAGAAGAAGUGGUGCUAGAACAAAGAGAAAUAAUUUAGCACCUGUUAAACCAAUAGCUGUUCAAUCACAACAAUUGAAUGAACAUCGAGAAAAGGAGAAACAAGAGCAACAAAACCAACAACAAUAA